AUGAAAAGGGGGUUAAUGAUGAGUAGUCGACUGAACAAUCUUGAGAGCGUGGAGGGCUUCUCGUCGCUUCUUUAUGGAGGAGAUAAGGCUGCGCUGCAGCUUCUCACGGAGAUUGGCUGGAGUGGCAUGGCCGCCGCGAUGGGCCUGUCGUUGAUGCAAAAGGUGCUGCAGGAAUCCACAUCGGCAUACGCCAUAUUUUUUGUUUCCCAAACGCUGCGGCAGUUGGUAGAGUCCAAAUUUGGCACGGCCGACCUCGUGUCCCUUGAAUCAUUUUUGAGCUGGUUAAUUGUGCAGCGACACAACUCGCUAAAUGCCUCCAGUGUGGAUGUAUUGAUUCGUCUUUUAUGUGCUGUGGUGAAGCAGGGCUUUUGUGAUGCCCCGGAGCUGCAAAGUUUCCCUCACCGGGUGACAGCUGCGUUGAAGCUGGAGGAAUCCAACUGCUCGGACGGGCACAUUGCACUCUCGUGUGCGAUCCUUGUCGCCUUUAUUGAAGAAGCGGAAAGAGCAGAGGGAACGGUACGCAGUCUUAUCAACCACAAGCGAAUGAUCAAAUGCCUCCGCAAUGCGUGUCUUCUCCCCAUAUUUCGAGCCGCUUCGCAAUGCCUGAAGCGGCUCCAGCAGACGGACGGAAAGGCCAUUUGCGGUUUAGUAGCACUAGUGAAGCGCAUUCUCUUGUUUGAUUUUACGUGUUCAUGCGAUGAGGCGGCAGAUGAUGUCAUGACAUGUGAGUUUCCUCUGGAAUGGGCCGCGGACCUUGUUGAUCAGGGCCUGCUUGUGAAGCUGUUUGAUUUGUACGCUACACCAGUGACGGACCCGAGUUUUCUGUGUGACGUGUUGGAGGCCAUCACACCCCUUGUGUCGGUAAAUGCGUCCCUCUACUCCUCUCGACAACAGCAGGCGGAGUGGAUGAAUAAGAUUCUUUCUGCCACAUUGUCUAUUAUGGAGUCGCGCUCUCACUUGGAAGAGGCCACGGUUCUGCGGGAAUUCUGCCGCCUACUGAAUCGCAUUAAACCAAAUUUUACGAUUGAUGAAAUGCGGAGGGCUCCCUGUUACCAGCGGUGGGUUCGAGCUGUCGCUGAGUUCACGAAGUUAUGCUUUCAAAACUGGCAUCACGCACGACAGUCAUUUCUUUCUCUGACGUCUAUUUGGGCCAAACUGGUAGGCUCUCAAUCAUACUGCAAGGACGGGUGUACAUUAUUUGAGCUGCUCGCACCGGAUGUGUGCCUCUCGUACAUGAUGUCACACCAAGAGCAGGCGGUGCGGUUUGCUACGAGUGGAGAGGCAUCUUUAUUUGGGGAAUACAUUUUAGAUGAGGACGCGGAGACGAGUUCACUGGAGUUUGAAUUUGUAUCUCAAAUUCUGCGUUUCUGUGGGGAGGAGGCGGAAAAGUACAUUGUCAAGGAAAUAUCUUCUUUGCUGGAGGCGCUGAAAAUACCUGAAGUCCGGUCAUCACCGGAGUUGUUUUGUGUGUGUGAACGCCUGGCGUUUAUCAUCACCCUCGCCAGUUCAUGGCUGGGUUCGUACCGCUUCAGCCGCAAUGGACGUGCUUUGGAUUCCACUGUGCUGCUUGCUUGCUUGAAUGUUGUCAGACAAAGCUCUCAGAUGAAUUUUUCCCGUUCCCUGCCCUCUGCAACGAGCCGUCACUUCCACAGAUCUCUUUUAGCGUUUCUGCGUUUUGCGUGGCAUAUAACUCUUUUGAAUAGGAUGGAUGGGUCAAAAAAACUGCAGGAGUCGUUGCAGCUUUCACUCGCCGCGAAGGAUUUCGGCACACUUGCUACUUUUAUUUUGGGACUGGUGGUGGACGAAGUGUUGGAUUGCGUAUCUUCUUGCAGCGAACAGACCGUGUUUGAAGCCAUACACCUGUUGAGUGAGAUGGCCCAAUCACCCUCCACGGCGGUGGUGUUGAGGAAACUGCCUCAAUUUGAUGGCACUCGACUUGUGUUGGAUGCGAGCAACGUGAAGACAUCGAGGAACGCUGCCGUGUUCUACAGAGUAGACUACCACCUGUCACGUAUCCGGGCACAAGUUCAUUUUCUUGGGUGUAAUUCAGAGUCUUCGAGGGCAGAUUUUUUGCGACCCUUGUUUGAGGAGCUUGAGAUGUGCCUGAGAAGAGGGAUGGCAGUUGCCGAUGGCCAGUUGGAUUUCUUCACUCGAGUCAUUUGUUUGUGGCGGGGCGUAUUUCGCUCGUGUGUUGGCCAAAAUGAAUACAAUAUGCUCUUAAGACGUUUUUUUCCCUGCCUUUUUCUCCUGACGCAGCAGCUUCAGAACCAUCUGGGGACGGUGUGCGGCGUGCAGCUGCUUCGCUUGAUCAAUGAAAUUACUGAAAACCGUUAUCGUCGCAUCAACUUUGGUGCCAACGGUGUGGAGGGAUAUCAUCUUUUCCGUGAAGUCAGUAGGUCUUUGGAGAUGGCAGUUCAUUUGGUACGAAGGGCAUUGGGAUCCGGUGAGUUGUGUCUCGGGGAGUGGGGGUUGAAGUGCCUGAGGAUAUUGAUUCAUACGGGAUGUAAUAUUCUGUCGGGGGGUUACUGUAACUUGGGGGUACUGCGCCUCUACGAGGACAAGGCAUUGAAAACCUGCUUGACCGUCCUAUGGCAGGCCAUGAUGUUAGUGGACCGUCACCGUUUCUGCCAAUAUGAGAAACUUGCAAAGGCCUAUCUCAUGCUCGCAGGCGAACUCCUACGGGACUUGCAUUUGUGGUUUCUCUGCGAGGUACCCGUCGGGGAACUUCUCCACGUCAUUCAUAUGUUGGAAAUUUCUCUGGGCUAUUACAUCUCCGGUUCCGCGUCACUUGCAUCGCAAAGCGCGGACGCGCUCGGUAUAUUCACAGGCGUGUUGUGCUGUGCGGAGUGUGACUCUGUGGAGCACCGGGACCGCGUUUGUGGCUCCCUGCUUCACACCGAUCCGAGUCUCUUCUCACGCCUUUUACGGUUGACGUUGGAUGUCGUCUUGUCACGGAAAUGCCCAUCGUCGAAGGCGGAGGUUCUUCUCCGAUCGCUUAUUGCCCUGGACGGGGAGUCGUUUCGGCGGUUAGCGGGGGAAUUUGCGGAAAUUGCCUUGUCGGCCGGCAAGGAUGCGGAGGUGAGGGCGGCAUUUGAGCUAUUGGGCUCGAGUGCGUGUGAGUCCGUUCGCAAAAACAACCGCAGCCUGUUCACAAAAGAGUUUCAGCACUUUUCAACGCUUGUGACCGGCUGCCUUGGUUGA